AAUUUUUGUUCAGUUAAUGGCAACAAAAGGACUUUAUUUUGAAAAGUAACCACGGUGUGACUGGGCACAUCCGGCAGCGGCGCCAACGUGUGAGCAGGGUGUCAAUAAUGAUCCAAAACAAAAGUGGAUUGAAGUAUGUUGUAUAUACAGAGAAGAGGAGAGCUACAGUGUACCUUUGUAAAGUACGUCCGGUUUCGGUCUGACAGACGUUUUUCGUUUUUCUUUUUUCUUUUGGUUUAGUUUCCUUCUGCUGCCGGGGCGCUUUUGUCUUUAUGGACUCAUCUUUGGUACAUUUCCAAAUGCAAUUUCUCUUUAAAUAUAAGUUUGGCGACCUUUAAGUUUUGCAAGCCGAAAUAGUUUUGCAGCGUUUUAUCGGCUGUGCGCUCGGCAGCUGCAGGAGAUCGUCUGUUUUUUUCCCUCCAAAUACAAACGUGGACGGCAGCGCGGUGCCAUAAUCUGCGGUGUGGGCUGUGGUCGUAUGACCAUAGUUGACCCCAGUGUGCGGGAGUGCGCGCAGCUUGUUGCGUUAGUCCGUUUUUAGUUUCAUCGGUCUGCUGGCGCACAGAGAGGUUGUCAUCCUCACAGUCUGCUGCACAAGCCCUAUAUGAUCAACAUGAAUGUGGAACUUGAUGGAAUAUUCAACGAAAACAACUCCUUCAACUUCAGUUACGACGACUAUGUGUAUGAAAAGGAAAAUGAAGAUCCCCAGUCAAGUGGCAGUAAGGCAGUGUUGAUCCCUCUUCUGUAUUCCGUGGUGCUGAUCGCAGGUCUGCUGGGAAACGGACUACUCAUUGCCGUUCUGAGCCAGAAGAAGCGAGCAUGGAGUUUAUCAGACAUCUUUAUCCUCCUGCUGAGUGUCUCGGACAUCCUCCUGCUGGUGACGCUGCCCUUCUGGUCCGCACAGGCCACCCAGGAUUGUGGAUGGUGCUUCGGGGUUCCUCUCUGCAAGAUCAGUGGAGCAGUUUUUAAUAUGAACUUCUACUGUGGGAUCUUUCUGCUGGUUUGCAUUAGUUUGAACCACUACCUGUUCAUCGCCCACUCUACCCUGCUGUACUCCCACAACAGGCCCAAGUUAGCUUACAUCAGCUUCCUUUUGGUCUGGUUCGUCUCCUUUCUCCUUACCAUCCCUGACUGGGAUUUCUUGGUGGUUGAAAGAACGUGGAAAGAGAAUACAGUGUGUAUUCCCAACUGCUAUCUUCCACAAAAGAAGCUGGUCUCACGCCUGUUCCACCACAUAUUGGGUUUCCUCCUGCCUGCUGUUGCCCUGAUCAUCUGCUGCUCCUGCAUCCUGCUAUCUAAACGCCUCCAGAAGCAGAGAGCCAUCAUCCUGGCCCUGGUGGUGGUCUUCCUUUCCUGCUGGACGCCAUACAACAUCACACUCAUCGUGGACACCUUCAAGAACAGCUCUAAGACGCCCCAGGAAAUUGCAAAUUCUGAGGGUUCCCUGAAAACUGCCCUGCUGGUCACAUCUUCAUUAGCCUGUGUUCAUGCGUGCCUCAGACCUGUGCUCUACUUCAGCCUGUGCAGAAACUUCAGGGAAAGGAUGCUGGCAUUGUUGAGGUGUUCAAAAGAUGAGUGCGAGGACUCUCUAUGGGAGUUGGGUGUGGGUGAGAAAGAUCUGCCUGCAAAGACACAUGAGGGGGAAGCGCUUAAGCAGAUAACAAUUGAAGAGCAGCAGGUGCAAACAACUAAGUGCUGAUACAGAAAUGUCCUCCUAUGACUCAUAACAUUGAGAAAUGUUGCCCUUCUUAGGGGAAUUUAGUGUCAUUAUUAUCAUGUCAUGGGUUUAAAGGGUGGAUGACAAAGUUCAGUGUAAUGAUGAGAAAUGGAAACUUUAAUGUGAAGUACUCAUGGUGACAUCAUGGUGACAUAUAGAGUGUACUGUUGUAGGGUUGUACCACUGUGUGUUGUUCUGUAAUCACUGUAGCACAAUUUUAACUUGUCAUCCUAAAUCAUGAUUUUUUUAUACAGUUAUAUUUACAUUUGAAUAGUCUAUUUUUAUUAUUAUUGUUAUUGUUAUUAUUAUUAUUAUUAUUAUUAUUAUUAUUAUUAUUAUUAAUGGAAUUACUAUUAUGAUCAUUAGUAUUAUUGUUAUUGAAAGCAGGCUUUGGUUCUGCAUUUUAUACUGUGUGGUAAAAAACCAGUUGGGUGAGUUUUUAGCUCUUAAGCAAUCAGCAUGAAGCUAAUACAUGUCGGUGUUAUUGAAAUCCUGCAAUAAACAGUCUGACACUGUUUCUAACUUUAUUGUUGAUCAUUUUUUUUACAAACUGUUUCAUUUGGCAUGCUAUCUUCAAGCAGGAAGACUGUGGAUUCCACGAUUGCGCAGUCAAAAUCUGUGUGUGACCUCAGUGCAGUGAGGGAAUUUCCCCAUGGCGAAUCCCACAGUCUUUCUUCUUGACUUCAUUGUUGCAGUACGGGUUUGUGUGGAUUAAAGGACACAGGAUAACACAGUCAGAUCGUGAUGUCAUCAGUCAGGUGACAGAGCGCGAGACAGAGAGAGAAGGAGGAAGAAAAAAUAGCUCUCUACAGUCAUCUGAAGACUUGUCUGUUUGGUGGAAAAGAGAACUGUGGCAAGCUUUGUGUGUGAGGGCAGUCAAUUGAGGGGAAAAAGAGUGUAGGUGGCAAAUGCAGGGAAGAAGAGUUAGAUAAAAUCUUACUUUGUGGUUUCACCCACACACAGGUUAUGGCUUUUCCAGAUAAGCCUGAUUUCAGGGCUCAAGUAAACAAUAAUGUUGAUGUAUUUAAAUGUGUCCUGAAAUAAAGUGUGUUCACAACUGAGUGUUCAGUGUACCGUAAUUUUAUUUGUAAUCAUGGUGUCACACACAAAAAUAAACUGUUUCAAUCUUA